AUGGUUCGUCGACGACUUCAAGAAGUACAGGAUCUAAAUAAUGACAACAAAAAUAAUGCCUCAGACAAAACUAAAGAAGAACAAGUUCGAGAAUUAUUAGACGAAGAAAAACAACAUGAAGGCCUUGCACAAGAAUUGCUUAGAUUGACUGGAAGUUUGAAACAUAAUUUUACAACUGCUGGUUCUGUGCUUAAAGAGGAUAAUGCGGCUCUCGAUGUCAUGCACAGAAUUGCUUCAAGCAACAAAGAAAAUUUAGUUCGUGAAAGUGGCCGUUUAGAACAUCAUGCAUACAAAUCCUGUUUCAAUUUUAUGAUGAUUUUGAUUGUUAUUUUUGUGAUAUGGUCCUUUAUUGCGAUGAUUGUUGUUAUGAGAGUAUUUCCUAAACAUUGCCUCUUCUCCGCGAAAGAGGCUGCUAUAGCCUUGCGUCCGUUUUAUUUUGCAGUUCAUCCUGACAGAUUUGCUCAAGAACCGGAUAUUCAAACGAGAAAUGAGAGAGCAUUGCAGGUCUUCAAUGGCUACAUCAACAAUUUAUUUCCAGAGCCUGUAACCCAAAUGCCUGUCAAUGUUGAGUUCACAGUGAGGGACACACUCUCCAACUUUAAAAGUAUUCGAAUUUUUCUUUCUGGCGCAGAUCCAGCGGAAAUUAUUAAACUAGCACUUGAAAGAUGUGAAUUAAGCACAGCCCAUUUGCCUGUACGAGACAACCUUUCACAAAACCAAAAAGGCACCAAAACGGCUCAACAAAAUUUUGCUCCAGGAUUAGACGAAAUUUGGAAGAAUUUACAGGAAAAUGAACGUUUAAGACAAAAACGUUUUUAUUCUGUUAAUUUAUUAAAUGAAUUAUCAAAAAAUCGAGAAUUGGCAAUGCAAAGAAGAGACGGACAUAAAGUUAUGGUUGAAAUAAUUGAGGACAAUAUUGACGAGAUUAAAAGGAAAACUGGUUUAACUCAGAUCCUUUGGUCUAUAAAUUGGGAACUUACUUUUAUGCGUCGCUGCCUUAUUAAUGUUCUUGAGAUGAUCAACCAUGCAGACAAGCAUUCGAAGGAUUUUAUAAUUUAUUCUUUAAAUGGCAGACAAUUAACUUUUGGACGUGGUUCUCAUAUUUGUUGUAAUGGGUCUUUACAGUUUGGUGCUGAUGACGCAAUUGGUGCUUGGCAAAAAAUUUGUAUAGAAUCCACAAAAUUUUUAACAUUUGAAGUUCAAAAUCUUGAAAGACUUGUUGAACGUGUUGCUGAACUUUUGGGAGGAAUAAAUUUAUUAGUUCAACCUCAUGAUGGUUUACUUCAAACAAUUAAGAACGUGAAACUUUUUAUUGCAAGAAUUUGUUCACAACCUCCAUCUGAACUUUCUAAAAUUAAUUCUCUUCUCAAAAAGGAUCAACAAGUUCAAAUUAUGAAUGGGUAUUCAGAAUUGGCACUUCUUCGAGGAAUUUUACAAAUACCUUGUAAUGUUGAUAUUCAGGCAUUGAAACAUUUUAUUGAUAAAAAUGAUGCUUCAAAAGCUGAGAAAAUGAGAAAGGAAUAUUUUGAACAGAAGUAUUUCUUGGAGAGCGUUAAAAAUUCAACUGUUUCGCAUUUGGAAUUAACUUCACUUAGUUGGGAUGCAGAUUUAAAUUUUACACGUUUAUUAGAUGCUUUACGAAAAUUAUCAAAAAUUCAAAAAGAACAAAUUUCACAUUUCUCUGGCUUAGAAAUUCAUCUUGGAUCUGGACCAAAAAUUUUUGUUCUUGCUUCAGGUAAAAUUUCGGUGCCAAUUGAAAUGAUUGAAGAUUUUGAAAUUCAACCAAAAAUUUAAAAAUAUUUUUUUUUGAAAAACUUACUUAAUUUGUGUGCCUAUAUUUUGGGGGCAGGCCAGUUUACUGCGAGCCCAAUGUGCCGCCGACCUAUAACUUUGUUCAAAAUUGUCGAAUCCGUGGUGCCCUGGUUUGGUCGAUUCAGCUGGUCUAGCCGCAUCGAAAACGUACCAGGGCGCCACGGAUUCGACAAUCUUGAACAAAGUUGGAGCUCGCGGUACAUUGGACUGCGGUACAUCGGGGUGUACCCCUAUAUUUUUAAUGUAAAGAUAUAUGUAUAUUUAAUUAUAACUUGUAGUAUAAUCUUUUUUAUAUAAUUUUUGAAUUUGAUAAAGAAAAACAUUUGUUAUUAAAUUUAAUUUUUAUAUUUUUAAAUGUUGAUUCCUCAACUUUUUGUUUUUCUUUUUUGAUUUUUCUAAAAAUUUUUUAAAAUUAUUUAACUAGUUUUGUACUCCAUUCUUAUUGUUUGGCUUUGUAAAUUGUUCUGUCUGUUGUUCCUUGUGCUUGAAUCUCUUGGAUCUCGGUAAGCCAAUUUAAGAACUUAGGUAAUUUGUUAAAAUGGGGUUUCGUGUAUUUUUUGAUGGUCUGUCCUUUGGUACCUAUACAUGUUUUUCUAAGGCGUGUUCCGAAUAGAAUUUUAUAUAAAAUUAAUUUUUUUUCUCCUUUCCCCGGCUUACCUACUUUCACUA